AUGUCGACCAAGCCGACUGUUCUCAUUAUUGGUGGUGGAAUAGGAGGUCUGGCUUUAGGCCAGAUGCUUCGCAAAAACAGCAUCCCUUUUCGCAUCUUUGACCGUGAUGCCAGCUCAACAGCACGCCGCCAAGGAUGGUGUAUGACGCUGCAUUGGGUUAUCAAUGACAUUAAAGCAAACUUUCCGGAAGAUAUUCUUCCUCUUCUGGAUACCGUAUCACACCUCGACAAUUACGGGACAGCAUGUGAUGCGGCACUGUACAAUGGCGGAACCGGAAAUAAGAAUAUACACCUCAGUCCCACCGAAAGCAACCCUUUUAUUCGAGCAAACAGAGCAAAGCUCAGAGGGAUGCUAUCCACAAACUUGACAGUGGAAUUUGAUAAACAAUUUGAACACUACGAAGAGACAGACUCGGGCGUCACCGCAUUCUUUUCAGACGGAAGUUUGGCAAAGGGAGAUAUUCUUGUUGGAGCUGACGGUUCUCACAGUCUUGUGCGCCAGCAACUUCUCGGGUCAGAACAUUCCAAGAACUACAGUCUACCCAUGGAAGUCUGCAUGGGAGAAACAACUCUUACCAAACCUCAAUACGAGAAGAUCUUUACAGAAUUCGCAAAAUCAUGGUAUGCUGCAGAAACUCGUGCCAACUUCUUCUGUGGAUUGCACGGUGUUUCCGAUGACAAGGAAACUGCUCGCUACUACUGGAUGACAGUCCAGCAAAAGAAUACCAGGGACAAGACAUCGGUUUCAAAUCUUGAAUACUAUCAUCGAGCAACACAAGCUGUGAAAGGUAUUCACUCCAAGUUUCUGAUGCCACUGUAUAAUACAACUCCAGAGGGUAUGGUUAAUCCACCUUUAUCGCUUGAAGACUUCAUCCCGCCGAAGGAAGGUUUGCCUAAGGGAAGAGUUACACUUCUGGGCGAUUCUUUGCACCUCAUGACACCUUUCAAGGGCUCCGGCGGUAAUCUUGCUAUCAAGGAUGGCUUGGAUCUAGCGUCACUUAUUGCGAACAGUGGUGAAAAUAUUCCGGCUUUGUUACAGGAAUAUGCGAGUUUAGCGAUUCCAAGGGCCACAGAACUAGUCCUCGAGUCAAGAACAAGAACGGAGGUUUGGACGGGCGACAACAAUUAG